AAAUUAUUAGAUAUACCAAACCAGAGAAAACAAAUACAUAAUCGGAGAAAUACAGAUUACAGAGAGCGAGAGAGAUCGACGGCGAAGCUCUUUACCCGGAAACCAUUGAAAUCGGACGGUUUAGUGAAAAUGGAGGAUCAAGUUGGGUUUGGGUUCCGUCCGAACGACGAGGAGCUCGUUGGUCACUAUCUCCGUAACAAAAUCGAAGGAAACACUAGCCGCGACGUUGAAGUAGCCAUCAGCGAGGUCAACAUCUGUAGCUACGAUCCUUGGAACUUGCGCUUCCAGUCAAAGUACAAAUCGAGAGAUGCUAUGUGGUACUUCUUCUCUCGUAGAGAAAACAACAAAGGGAAUCGACAGAGCAGGACAACGGUUUCUGGUAAAUGGAAGCUUACCGGAGAAUCUGUUGAGGUCAAGGACCAGUGGGGAUUUUGUAGUGAGGGCUUUCGUGGUAAGAUUGGUCAUAAAAGGGUUUUGGUGUUCCUCGAUGGAAGAUACCCUGACAAAACCAAAUCUGAUUGGGUUAUCCACGAGUUCCACUACGACCUCUUACCAGAACAUCAGAGGACAUAUGUCAUCUGCAGACUUGAGUACAAGGGUGAUGAUGCGGACAUUCUAUCUGCUUAUGCAAUAGAUCCCACUCCCGCUUUUGUCCCCAAUAUGACUAGUAGUGCAGGUUCUGUGGUCAACCAAUCACGUCAACGAAAUUCAGGAUCUUACAACACUUACUCUGAGUAUGAUUCAGCAAAUCAUGGCCAGCAGUUUAAUGAAAACUCUAACAUUAUGCAGCAGCAACCACUUCAAGGAUCAUUCAACCCUCUCCUUGAGUAUGAUUUUGCAAAUCACGGCGGUCAGUGGCUGAGUGACUAUAUCGACCUGCAACAGCAAGUUCCUUACUUGGCACCUUAUGAAAAUGAGUCGGAGAUGAUUUGGAAGCAUGUGAUUGAAGAAAAUUUUGAGUUUUUGGUAGAUGAAAGGACAUCUAUGCAACAGCAUUACAGUGAUCACCGGCCCAAAAAACCUGUGUCUGGGGUUUUGCCUGAUGAUAGCAGUGAUACUGAAACUGGAUCAAUGAUUUUCGAAGACACUUCGAGCUCCACUGAUAGUGUUGGUAGUUCAGAUGAACCGGGCCAUACUCGUAUAGAUGAUAUUCCAUCAUUGAACAUUAUUGAGCCUUUGCACAAUUAUAAGGCACAAGAGCAACCAAAGCAGCAGAGCAAAGAAAAGGUGAUAAGUUCGCAGAAAAGCGAAUGCGAGUGGAAAAUGGCUGAAGACUCGAUCAAGAUACCUCCAUCCACCAACACGGUGAAGCAGAGCUGGAUUGUUUUGGAGAAUGCACAGUGGAACUAUCUCAAGAACAUGAUCAUUGGUGUCUUGUUGUUCAUCUCCGUCAUUAGUUGGAUCAUUCUUGUUGGUUAAGAGGUCAAAUCGGAUUCUUGCUCAAAAUUUGUAUUUCUUAGAAUGUGUGUUUUUUUUUGUUUUUUUUUCUUUGCUCUGUUUUCUCGCUCCGGAAAAGUUUGAAGUUAUAUUUUAUUAGUAUGUAAAGAAGAGAAAAAGGGGGAAAGAAGAGAGAAGAAAAAUGCAGAAAAUCAUAUAUAUGAAUUGGAAAAAAGUAUAUGUAAUAAUAAUUAGUGCAUCGUUUUGUGGUGUAGUUUAUAUAAAUAAAGUGAUAUAUAGUCUUGUAUAAG